AUGACAUACCUCAAUAAUCUCGAUUCCCGCAUGUAUCAUGGCGCGCCACCCGACCUACAGACCAAGCUAGACUUAAACCCUACAUUAAUUGUCUCAUGGUGGUGUACGCUCUUUGCUCUGACUGCCGUCGGCAUCAGACUCUUUGGAAGAUGGAUUCGAACAGAGAAGCUCUUCCUCGAGGACAAAAUAAUGUUUUGGAGCACAAUUCCCCUCCUCGCUCGCAUGGCUUGCGUCCACGUCAUUCUCCUCUGGGGCACCAAUAAUACCGUCACAGAAGGUCUGAGCGCGGUCCAGAUACGAGAACGCGAAAUCGGGAGCAAAUUGGUCCUGGCUGCUCGCAUCUUCUAUGCUGCCUACAUCUGGAUCGCCAAAUUCACCGUCCUCGAAUUCCUCAAACGACUGAUCGGCGCCUCAUGGGCCAAAUCCUAUGAAGUGGGCCUGAGAUUAAUCUAUGCCUUCCUUGUCGUCACCUACAUCGGCGUCGUUAUUAGCACCCUCACAGAAUGCCACCCAUUCACCCAUUACUGGCAGGUGGUUCCAGAUCCGGGACCAAGGUGUCGAGAAGGAUUGGUACAACUCAUUGUCAUGGGCGUCUGCGAUAUGGUCACUGACAUUGUCCUCAUCAUCUACCCCAUUCCACUGGUCUGGCAAUCGGCAAUGCGACUUCGGAAGAAAGUCUCUCUAAUCAUUUUAUUCCUCCUUUCAAUUAUCCUUAUCGCCAUCACCGCUUACCGAAUCCCCUCCACUAUUUCCCGUCGAUCCUCUCAACAGUACAGAUCAUUGCUGGCUUCCUUGGAAAUUUUGGCAGCGGCUUUCGUAUCAAAUGCCAUUGUCAUUGGUAGCUUCAUUCGAGACAAAGGUGUUAAGAAGGCCAAAUUCCGGGCCAAUUCUUUCAACGAUGACACAAGCUCCCUCGGUCGUCAACCUACGAGAACACGCUCCAGAUCAGUCACCCACCACCACUGGGGCUCAGAUGAAGACUUGGCUCGAGAUUUCGCAUUCCAAUUGCCGGCGACUUUGCAGCAUGGCACAACGACAGACGCUCUUCCCAGAGUGGCCGAAGUAGCCGAACCCGGCCAUACACACGAAGACCUGGAAGCUGGGGAUGCACACAAUACAACCUUCAAAUCCAAGUGGAACUUCGAUGCCGCAUCUCGAAAUCGAAGGAAGGGAUCAAUGGAUUCUGUCAGCAGUUCCUCCACCGAUAUCAAACUACGUGAACUCAAGACCCAAAUGGCCGAUCCUGCAACCUCUGACUAUACCGAACCUGAUACUCCUAGUAAAAUGGGAUUCUUCGAUGUUGGUGGUCUUGUAGAGAAGGGACUGGAUUCACCGAGUAUUCGAUCUCGUCAGACUUCGAUUCAUGAAUCAACCAGACGGCUCAGUCAAACUCAAAACCAUCCAGGGACAAGAUCUGGUUCCAAGGCUUUCCUCAGUGAUAUCGGCGGGUUGCUGACGAGGCAUAUUCGAGAAGAAGACGAAAUCACCUCUGCACCCCGAAGGAAGAGCUCGCCUGCAAGAUCUCCCAUGAGAUUUGGCGAUCACCGAAGAGAAUCCAAGAAGAGUCGACUACCAAGUCACCAAGAGGACGAAGAACCCAUCGUACGACCUCAGGGCCCUGACGACUUGACCUUCACCGAUAUUGGAGGGCUUCUGAAAUAA